CAGGCCAAUAAGUCCAUCUUCUUGCGCUCCAUCGACAACCCCUCGAUCGCCAGACAGUACACCGAACACAAGGCCCAGACAACAGUCGCCCGUUUCUCCCCCUCUGGCUUCUAUGUGGCGAGUGGUGAUGCGACCGGUAUUGUGCGGGUUUGGGACUGUGUCGGAGAGGGCAUCACCAAGGGUGAAUACAGCAUUGUGAACGGCCGCAUUAACGACCUUGCCUGGGACGGCGACUCCCAGCGCAUCAUUGCGGUUGGUGACGGCAAGCAGCGAUAUGGGCACUGUAUCACCUGGGACAGUGGUAACACGGUCGGCGAGAUCUACGGGCACACACAACAAAUCAACUCCGUCUCUAUCAGGCAACAAAGACCGCUGCGGGCCGCCGCCGCCGGUGACGAUAAAAACCUCGUCUUCUACCACGGCGCGCCGUUCAAGUUCAACACAGGCAUACGAGACAAGCACACCAAUUAUAUUUAUGGUGUUGGCUUCAGCCCCGAUGGCUCGACCCUUGUCAGUGUCGGUGCUGACCGGAAGAUCUGGCUCUACGACGGCAAGACUGGCGAGCCGAGAGGUCAAAUUGGAGAAGGAGAGCACAAAGGAAGCAUUUUCGCUGUCUCGUGGGCGAAAGAUUCGCGCAAGUUUGUGACUGCCAGCGCUGACAGGACUGUGAAGAUCUGGGAUGUGGAAGCGGGUAAGGUUGCCCAGAGCUGGGAUAUUGGAGAAGAAGGAAUGUCAAACGUCCGAGAUCAGCAAGUUGGAGUGGUGUGGCCUCCGGCCAGAAGUGAUAACCUGCUCAUCAGUCUCUCGUUGAGCGGGGAUCUGAACUACCUAGUGGAAGGCACUCCCAAGCCCCGGCAGGUAAUCCAGGGCCAUCAGAAGAACAUCACGUCCCUGGCCCAGUUCCACUCUGGCAGCGACACGGAAACAUUAUGGUCGGGCAGCUUUGAUGGAAGGGUCUGUCAUUGGGACGUCCCGACGGGAACUGCGGAAGAGGUGGAAGGAGACGGCCACACAGCCUACAUUGCCGGUCUUGCUCCGACUCAGGAGGGCGUUGGACGCAUCUACAGCGUCGCUUGGGAUGACACGAUUCGAUCUGUUGAUCUUGGUGCUAAAACCUACACCGGCGUCUCGUCCAAGUUGUCUGGCCAGCCCAAGGGCAUCGCGGCUGCAAAGGACAAGGUGGUAGUAGGGACGAUCGAGAGCGUGGAGAUCUAUCACGAUGGGCACAAGACCGGCGAGUUCAAGCCUCAGUUCGCCGUGACGACAGUUGCAGCCCAUGGGAGCUUGGCUGCGAUCGGUGGUGAGGACUCGUCCGUCCAGAUCUGCGACAUCUCAGCCCAGGGAUUUACCCCCAAGACCGAGUUCAAGGCAUCGCGGAACGCAAUCUCGGCCUUGGCAUUCUCCCUGGACGGAUCGCUCCUGGCCGUUGGGGAUUCCCGGGGCCGUGUGCUGGUCUACAAGGCUGCCGGUGGCCAACUGGUCACCGACCGAUGGACGGCGCACACCUCCCGAGUUACCUCCAUCUCGUGGAACGAGGACAAUACCCAUGUUGUUAGUGGAGGCCUCGACACCAAUAUCUUCGUGUGGAGCUUGACGAAGCCGGGAGACUGGCUUCAAGUCUCCAAUGCCCACAAAGAGGGCGUGAAUGGAGUCGCUUGGAUUGCAGGCGGAUCUAAGAUUGCCUCCGCUGGAGCGGAUGCAGCGAUCAAACUACGAUAUGCGACCUUCGUCCUCCCACGAACUGGUCAGCGACUGAAAGGUCUCAUUGAUCUCCGAAAUCCGGAUUCCGGAUUGAAUGGCAACAGCGAUGACGACGAGCGCCGAGCACUUCUGAGCGGCGAGAUUGCUGCCCCUCGCGGAGGUCUACUGGCGCCUCUGUGGGGUCAUAUCAAAAGUAUUGGUCCACAAGCGCAUGAAUUUCUCUCGUCAGAACUGGGGAUCGGCGUCUUGAAGUGUAGUCUAGCUUAUUUGCUUGGCUCCCUCGCAACCUUCGUGCCCGCUAUAUCCUCAUUCUUGGGCCACCAAGAUGGCAAACACAUGGUGGCUACGGUCACUGUUUACUUCCAUCCUGCGCGAUCGCAGGGGAGCAUGUAUAAGGCCUUGAUCUGUGCCUUUGCCGCUUUCCUCUACGCCGCUCUCAUCUCCGUAACCAGCAUGUUCGUCUCGAUGUUUUUUCAAGACACCUUAAACAUGGUUCUCCUUGGUCACGCCGUCGUUUUAGUCGUGUUUUGUGGAGGUGGCCUGGGCUUCAUUGGAUGGACAAAGCAGAGGUUUGGUGACCCUCUUGUCAACGUCGCAUGCUCGUUGGCGUCGCUUUCCACCAUCACGGUAUUGACAAAAGAGGGCGCGGUGCAGAGUGGUGAUUUGUCAUUUGCAAAGAUCUCCCAAGUCCUGAAGAUGGUGGUCAUGGGAGUAACGGCCUCCAUGGCAGUGUCCUUUCUGAUCUUUCCGAUUUCGGCACGAAAGCAACUGCGGUCAAACCUCACUACGGUCACGGAGACCUUGGCAACAAUGCUGGCUUUGAUCACUGAGAGCUUUCUGAGUGGCUCGGAAGAGGAGCUUCAGACGGCGGAAUUUCUUGAGACCGCCGCACGGCAUAAAAAAGCGUACGGUCAGCUGGACAAGCUUGUGCGUGAAGCUAAAAUGGAGCAUUUCGUUGUAGGUACCGAAAAUGAAUACAGACUAGAAAAGACACUGGUCCGCUGGGUCCAGGAUAUCACACACAAUCUAGGUGGUUUGCGCAGUGCUGCUCAUCUACAGUUUCAGUUACUCAAACAAACCCAAGCUACCGAGACUGCACACCAGGCUUCGGAUGUCAAUUUUGGACUCGGUGCUGGUCCGCUACCCAGUCCCUGGUCAUUACAUGAGGACCGUCCGCUUCUGGAACCCAUCUACGAGAGGCCAGAAGAAGACAUAUUGGAGGCAACGGGCGGCGACGGGUUCGAUUCCAAUGCAGGGAAUGGUACCAGUCCUGAAGCCGAACAAGUUCUCCACCCGGCGGACAUCUUUGCUAUAUUUAUCAGCCAUCUGGGGCCCUCAAUGAGAUCUCUAGCGUUCACGCUGAAGGAGAUCUUUCGCGAUAUUCCUUUCAAGCCGGAAUCUGGCUAUCGAGUAUCAAUCAAUAGCAAAUACCGCUCGAGUCUUGAUAGAGCGCUGCUAUUAUAUCGAGAUUCACGGGAAGAGGCGCUCAAGACCAUUUAUCGGCAACGAGAAGUCCUCGGAAUUCAGACGCUGGAAGUCGAGGCUGACCUGGAGGAGGUGUCUGCCAGCUGCGGGCAUUUCAGUUUUUCGUUGCUUGAAUUUGGAGAGCAGCUGAAAGAGCUUCUCGCCAUCUUGGAUGAGCUGCAGCUUGAGAGCGAGGAGAGGCCCGGUGGCCGAUCAUGGAAUUGGCUCAAGUUCUGGCGCUGGGCCUUCGACGGACGAGCAAAGAGGGACAUGUUGGAUGCCACGAUGGAGCAGGCUCAUCUAGGCGAGCCCAACCUCCUCAAGCCGCCUGGUGUUCCGAGCGUGUCAUCUAAUGUCACCGCAAUCAGUCUUGCAAAACAGAGAAUUGGCUAUCGUUUGUGGCGCUCCCUUGGGGUUUUCCGCCGGGACGACACCAAGUUUGCGAUCAAAGUUGGCACCGGCGCUGCCCUUUAUGCCCUGCCUGCAUUCAUCCCGUCCACUCGACCAGUUUACGGCCAUUGGCGAGGCGAAUGGGGUUUGCUCUCGUACAUGUUGGUUUGUUCUAUGACUAUUGGAGCCUCGAAUACGACGGGAUACGCACGUUUCCUCGGUACCUGUUUGGGCGCAGGUUGUGCGAUCCUCUCAUGGUAUGCUACCGGCGGAAACGUUUUUGGCCUCGCAAUUCUAGGCUUGCUCAUGGCUACUUGGAACUUCUACAUCAUCAUCGUGCGAGGUCAAGGACCAAUGGGCCGAUUCAUCAUGCUGACAUAUAACCUCUCGGUUCUCUACGCCUAUUCACUUACUCAGAAAGAAGGCAGGAAUGAUCAAGAUGAAGGAGGGGACAGCCCCAUCAUCACCGAGAUUGCCCUGCAUCGUGUGGUUGCUGUUCUAUCGGGCUGUCUCUGGGGUAUUAUCAUAACGAGGAUGAUCUGGCCGAUCAGUGCACGAGAGAGGCUAAAAGACGGACUGAGUCUGCUCUGGCUUCGCAUGAGCUUGAUCUGGAAGCGUGGCCCCUUGUCCACCAUGGCCAACCCGAAGGAGUCUGCGGGAUUCAUGAGCGCGCGGGAGAAGCUAGAAGUCGAACGAUUCCUGUCACAUCUGGAGUCUUUGCAAGCCUCCGCCCGUUCAGAAUUUGAGCUGAGGAGUGCUUUCCCCGAUGCUAGCUAUGGCAAUAUUCUUCGUCGUACGCGCAGCAUGGUGGACGCUUUCGUCGCCAUCAACCUAGAACUGGUCAAAAACAUGACGGCGUCCGAGGGAGAGUUAUCUAUCUUACGGUACACUGUGAAGGAGAGGCAGCAGCUGUCCCAUCGUAUCAGUCAUUUGCUGACAGUUAUGGCCUCUUCCAUGAAGCUGGAGUAUCCUCUAAGCGAUGCUCUGCCGAACGUUGAGCACGCCCGAGAUCGACUCCUGGCGCGUCUUUUUCAUUAUCGUAAAGACCCUGAGGCAUCUCGAAUGUCGACCGACGAAGACUAUGCUCUAUUGUAUGCAUACGGUAUGUUCUUUGUCCUGCGGAAACCACCCUCAACGAUGGCUAAAUCUGAACUUAGUGCUGGUUGUGGGACAAUUGUCCGGAGAAAUCGAAGCCAUUCUUGGGGAAAUUGCACCGCAACCAUGCAGAUCGACCCAGCUGCUCUGAGUCGGCCAGACUCUGCAGCGACCACAAUUACCUCGUCCAAAGGUUCUGCGGCCAGUGCUCCAGCACAGCAGAAGUCGACCAAGGCGCUCAUCGCCGUUCCGCGACUUGACCUUGAACCUGUCUACACGGAGCUCAAAGCCGCCGUCGGCGACCACUGGGCCGAGUAUAAAGAGGCCACCACUCUGUUCCUCCUUGCAGGACAACUGAAUCAAAGUGAGCUGUCAUCGCGCGUCGAUCAUAUAAUAUGCGCCGACCAAAAAACCGAGCACCUCCACAAUAACUUCAUCUGCGCGAUCAUCGGAAACUUGACCCGAGAUCUUCCCGACCAUGGAGUCGCUAGUUGGGUAUCCGCAAAUGACAAGCCCUCAAUCGUAUCGAAACCGACGUCAGGGGACGCUGCCGAACAGAGACUCAAAACAGAGGUCAUGCAGCUGCCUCCGCGGGACCGGCGCAGACUCAAGGCUAUACCCGAGCGUGAUCCCAAUGAUACCUCGUCCAAUGAUUUGGUAGAGUACCACCUGGCGAAGCAGAUUAAAUUACCGAGCCAGGUACCUGCCAGCGCCGGGGGUUUAAACAAGACAAAUUGGGAGCUGGAAAUCCGAAAACGUUAUGCACAACCCCUAGCAUCUGAGACCGGCGAGUUUCCAGAUGCUGAAUCAAUCCAUGCACGCAUGGUUCCUAUAUGCUACGAAGAGUCCAUAGUCAGUGGCGCAAGCUUACCCUGUGCGGAGUACAUGGCCAUUGCAACAGAGACGUUCGUUAAGGAAGUCUUGUCAGUGGUUUUCUCGCGAACCAGGUCUAACGGCCCGUCGGGAACCAUCAAUGGCAUGAUGAUGCGCAAAUAUCGACAACAGCUAGAACGAGAAGAAUUGGCAUUUACGAGAGGCGAAAUUGUCAAAGACAGUGCAACCGGACUAUUGCCUAUUGAAGCUAAAGAGGCAAGUGUCCGAAAGCCACUGGGGGUUCGGGACCUGCGGCUAGCACUAGAACUCGGUAGCGGUGUUCUCAGUCAUAUGCCCCUGCUUGUGGACCAGAUUAUGGGCGGCUAUCUCGAAGAUGAACACGAGGCCGAAAGGCAUGAUUCAAUUGACGACGUUGUAGAGAUCACGAAUGACGACUCUGAACAGAAUUUAUUCUCUGAUGAGAUGGACAUUGAAGACAUCGACUCGGAUUGGGAGGGAGGCACAACGGCUGAUAGGGAGCACUUGGGUGCUUUGUUGGAUGAGUGUCUAUCCAUGGCCGCAUGA